AAUUGAAAGCGAAAGUGGUGUUUUGAAACUCUGAUACCAAAAAACAAGUUUCAGUAGCAACAACGUUGUUCUUUUGGAUUCAUUCACUUCUGAUUCUCACUUCAAUUGUCCCUUUCUUUCUUUAUUUCUUUCUUUCUUUACAUUUUCCACAUAACCCCAACCCCAAUCCCAAUUUAAUAUUUAUUAUUGUUUAGUCCUUAAUCUUAUUACUUUCCAUUCCUUCUUUGGAUUGAAUUGAAUUCUUUCAUGUAACUCUUAAAGCUCCCGAACGACAAAGUCCCUUUCAGAUCGGGUUCUUCUGAUUUCUCCAUCUUCAAACAGCAGCAUAGGAAGGUUUGUGGGCAGUGAAUGCUAGGUGAAUGGGGAUUCAGACAAUGGCAUCUCAAGGUAGUGGCCAGCAGUCUCAUUUUCAGCCAUCCUCGUUGACAAGGCAGAAUUCAUGGUACAGCCUGACUCUAGAUGAAGUUAAUAACCAGCUGGGAGACAUGGGCAAACCACUUGGAAGUAUGAAUCUCCACGAGCUUCUUCAAACCAUAUAUACUACUGAAACUAAGGAAUACAGUACGGUUGAUGCGGAGAACACUUCUUUAUCGUCAUCUCUUCAACGACAGGCUAGUCUAACAUUGGCUAGAGGUUUGAGUGGCAAGACGGUCGAUGAUGUGUGGAAAGAGAUCCAACAAGGGCAGAAGCGGAGGUACAAUGAACAUGUGAAAGACCAAGGUAGACAGGCUACACUUGGUGAAACAACUCUAGAAGACUUCCUGGUACAAGCAGGGCUUUUUGCCGAAGCUUCUUCUAGUCCUGCUGUAGGAUUGCAUCCCAUUGAUGCAGUGACCCCACAGAGUUAUCCACAUAAAUUUGGUUUGUCAUCGCCAUCUCCUUCACUUGGUACCUUGUCAGACCCAACAAUUCCAGGGAGAAAAAGGGAUGCAUCAGAUGCAUAUGAGAGGAGCAUGGAAAGGAGGCUUAAGAGAAAAAUAAAAAACAGGGAGUCAGCUGCCCGAUCACGAGCUAGAAAGCAGGCUUACCACAAUGAAUUGGUGAGCAAGGUUUCACGUUUAGAAGAGGAGAACUCAAUGCUGAAGAAAGAGAUGGAAGUUGAGAGUAUGCUCGAACAUGAUUCCUCUCCUGAACCAAAAUACCAGCUUCGAAGAACAAGUUCAGCUACGUUCUGACUCGUAACUUGCACCGAUGCCAUUAAGAAUAUUCAGAAUUAUUUGGACCACCAGUAUUCCAUGUCUUUGCACUGAAGCUGUUUUAGGAUCGCAUCACCAGAUUUCUUAUUCAGUAUUCUCUGCAAAUAUGGUUCUGCCCAUGCAUUAGUACAGUUUGGUCAUGUGUACAUGUUUGGUUAACUAGGAAUAUAUAUAACUAUAUAAUAUAUACAUACAGAACAGCAAAAGUGCCAUGUUGAUAAGUUCUGGUCCUGUUUUGCUGAUGCACACUUGAUGAAAUUGAGUGCACGGUGUGGGUUGGGGCUCAAUCUUUACAUUUUGAUAUAUAUUAGGUUAGCCAUGGUAGUUUGAUGAUCUUUGUUUUCUAGAUAUUCGCUUACCAAAUUAACAAAAAAGAGACACUCUUGUGCUUUCAUGUUUA